UCCCGGGGUAACCGGUUGCCAGCCAGAAAUUAACCCUCACCAAGUGAGGGACCCACCACCAGGGCACCAGUGGAGGGCAGACACACGCCGCAACAGAGCCUAGAAACGAGGGGAAUAAAGGGUGAGCUCUCCAUAGAGAUAACAAACAGCCCCCUCCCAGAAAUCGAACCUGAGUCUCCGCUGGGGAACAUGCUGCGUCCUUCCACCAGGCCACCAACCCUGGUGAUAAAUUACACCAUCAUAAGAAUAUAAUUUUUCCCACUGUUGCACGUAAUUGCAAUUUCCCCAAAGUUACAAACAACAUGAGUGCAAAGUGGGUCAUUGCCAGCCACUGAGAUGAGACGCCAUUAUUGACUUCUUUCAUUGCUUUCACUUUAGUUAAAGGUGCCGAAAAAUCAUUUGUCCAUUUGAAUAAUUAAACCAGUUAUUUAUGCAUUGCCUGGUUUGUAUUGAGUUUACAACCUUUACCUACCAAACUUGUUCCUUCAGCCUGUUUUUCCAUCCCUGUAUUUCUUCCUUUCUUACCUUUGCAGAGGUUGUUCAACAUUGUUUUUGAUCUCUGUAUUGCUCGGUUUCAUUACCUUUGCUUCUUUCAGAACAAACACCAUGGAUGUAUUUGGGAUCUUUAUCUCUCCAUUCAUACAAGCUAUGGUUGAUAAAUUGUCCUCUUAUUUUAACAACUUAGUGAGCACAGCGGACGUCGGCGCUGGCAUCCAGAAUCUAAAGAAGGCAUUAGAGGAAUUAGAGACUCUGUUGGCUGAUGCAGAGAACAAGCAAGUGUACGACAAGGAUAUCAAAAAGUGGCUUGAAGAGGUUUACCAUUUGGCUUACGAUGCAGAUGACUUAUUGGAUGAUUUUGCUGCUGAAGCUCUCGAAAGGAAGCUAAUGGAGGAGGAGACGACGAUGGGAAGAAGAUCAGCUAAGUUUCCACGCCUCUUUUCUAUUGUUCCAUUCAAUUUAAAAAAUGGGUCUAAGCUAAAUGAGAUUACUAGUCAAUUACAAGAAGUUGCUACAAAAGGAAAAGAUCUUGGUUUGGAUAGAAGACUUGUUGGACGGAUGUCUACAGAUUUACGGCAGAGAUCACAAACUACAUGUUUGAAGGAGCCUCACAUUCAUGGCAGAGAUGAAGACAUCAAGCAAAUUAUCGAAUUGCUACUUGGGGAUGCACCUGCUGGAAAAUUUUUUGAUGUAAUUCCUAUUGUAGGAAUGGGUGGGAUCGGCAAGACUACACUAGCUCAGCACAUUUACAAUGACAACCGACUGGAAAAUCAUUUCAAUCUAAAAGCAUGGGUAUGUGUAUCUGAUGACUUUGAAGUUAUGAGAAUAACAAAGGCAAUUCUCGAGUCGUUCACUCACGGUUCAUGUAAUUUAAGUAACUUAAAUGAGGUUCAAGUUCAACUUAGCAAAACUUUGGCAGGGAAAAAGUUUUUGCUUGUCCUAGAUGAUGUGUGGGACUAUGGACGUGAUGGGUGGAAUUUGUUGCGAUCCCCAUUUGGAGCUGGAGCACCUGGAAGUAAAAUCAUUGUGACAACGCGAGACAGAGGUGUUGCAAAUCAGAUGGGAAUGGAUAAAUAUCACAAUUUGCACAACUUAUCAGAUGACGAUUGUUGGUUAAUCUUUGCCCAACAUGCAUUUGAGAACAGAAAUAUCAUGGAAUGCCCAGAAUUGGUAUCAAUUGGUAAGAAAAUUGUUGAGAAUAGGUGCAGAGGCUUACCCUUGGCAGCAAGGGCCCUUGGCAGCUUAUUAUGCUGUAAACAAGAAGAACACGAAUGGAGAGAGAUACUAGACUGUAAAAUAUGGAACGAGGAAAGUGGCAUUCUCACAGCACUGAAAUUGAGCUACCUUCAUCUCCCUAUCCAUUUGAAGAGGUGCUUUUCCUACUGUGCAAUUAUCCCAAAGGACUACGAAUUCACGGUGGAAUUAGUCUUGCUAUGGAUUGCUGAAGGUUUAAUUGAGCAACCAAAAGGUGGAGACCGAAUGGAAGAUUUAGGCCUCGAGUAUUUUCACGAAUUGGUGUCAAGAUCAUUUUUUCAACCGUCAAGUGGUGACGAAUCGCAAUUCAUAAUGCAUGACCUCAUCAAUGAUUUGGCUCAAGAUGUUGCAGGGGACAAAUGUUUUAGGCUGGAAAAUAAUUUAGAGGGUGGCAAGAUUUCGGACAAAGCGCGUCAUGCAUCUUAUGUUCCUAGCCGUUAUGAUGGAAUCAAAAAAUUUAAAGCUUUCGAUGAUGCUAAAUGCUUACGAACGUUCUUAGAAUUUUUGCCACAACAACAAUUUCACCGUGUAACGAGGUACUUGAUACAUGAUUUGUUGCCAAAGUUAAAAUGCUUACGUGAGGUGCGUUUGUGUAGUAUUGGUAUAAUUGAACUACCAGAUUCCAUUGGAGAUCUAAAGCAUUUGCGGUAUCUUGAUGUAUCCGGUUCUGGGAUUAGAAGGUUACCUGACACAGUGGCAACUCUUUACAAUUUACAAGUCUUGUUUUUGACAUUUUGUCAUCAACUUCAGAAGUUGCCUCUAAACAUGGGGAGGCUGGUGAACUUGCGCCAUUUUGACAUGACUGGCGUGCAUAUUCCAUCAUCAGAAGAGAUGUCACUACAUAUAGGUAAAUUAAUUAAUCUCCAAACAUUGUCAAAUUUUAUGGUGGGUAAAGAUUGUGGACGUAAAAUAGGAGAGUUGAAAAACCUGUCACACAUUCAAGGGGCAAUACACAUAUCAAGACUAGAGAAUGUCAGUGGUGUUAAGGAUGCAAGGGAUGCCAAUUUAAUGUCUAAGGAGAAGUUAAAAGAGUUAUCACUAGAAUGGGAUGAAUCUCAUUGUUCACAGAAUGACAUAGUUGAGAGGAAUGUGCUUGACGUGAUGAGACCUUUCAAAUUGUUGGAGCGACUCACCAUCAGUGGGUAUUGCAGUACAAAAUUUCCAAACUGGGUUGGAGAUGUUUCAUUCUCCAAAAUGGAGUCCAUGCAAUUGAAAGGUAGCAAAUGUUGCACAUCUUUGCCACCACUUGGACAACUACCCUUGCUUAAAGACCUUUACAUUGAAGGAAUGAGUGCAAUAAAGCACCUGGGUUGUGAGUUCUAUGGGCAGCAGUGUGGUGCCAAACCUUUCCGAUCUCUAGAGAGACUGAGGUUUGAGUUUAUGCCAGAAUGGGAGGAUUGGUCUGCUUUUGAAACAGAAGGAGUUCAGCCAUUCGGUCAUCUCAGCGAGCUUACCAUCAUAAAUUGUCCCAAACUUGUUGGAAGAUUACCAAAUGAUCUUCCUUGUCUGAACUCUCUCAAAAUUGAUGGUUGUCCGCAGUUGUUGAUUGAUGUUUCGAGCCUCAUUCACCCAUCACUUGCGUCCUUGUCAAUGAAUAAUGUUAUGCUCCCAAGCCUUCCAUCACUCUUAGGGACGAAGAACACGAUUGAACUUGGUUCCCUCACCUUGGAUAUAAGACAUGUUACAGUUCCCGACUCCCUCUGCGAUCCAAGCACAUCUGAUGAAGAGUUACUGGCUAAUGAAAUGUCUAAGCAUUUGCCUUCAAUAACUACUUUGAGCAUUUCUCAUGUUGAAAAACUGGCAUUCCUACCGGCAUGGUUUACUCGUGAUUUGACAAGACUCAAGAACUUGGACAUUCAUAACUGCCAAGAACUCAUAACAUUGUGGCAGAAUAAGAUGAGAAUACAAAUAUGUCUCCCUUCCCUCUGCCAUUUGAAGAUUUCUCAUUGCCCCAAACUAGUUUGCUUGUUUGAAGAAGAGCAAGAAAAAGGAGAAGAAGGUUCGAAAAAGCAGCAACAUGAGGGGCUGCCUUGCAUGAAGAGACUCGAGAACUUGGACAUUCAUAACUGCCACGAACUCGUAACAUUGUGGCGGAAUAAGACAAGAAUACAAGUAUGUCUCCCUUCCCUCAGCCAUUUGAAGAUUUAUGAUUGCCCCAAACUGGUUUGCUUGUUUGAAGAAGAGCAAGAAAAAGGAGGAGAAGGUUCGAAAAAGCAACAACAUGAGGGGCUGCCUUGCAUGACGAGACUCGAGUAUUUAACAAUUGAAACAUGUGGAAUGCUGAAGAAACUGCCACAAGAUAUGCACACAUACACAUCUCUUGGGGUGCUUAGAAUUGACCGUUGUAAAAGUCUGAUCUCUUUUCCAAUGAAAGGUUUGCCAUCUAUGCUGAGACAACUUAGUGUUUCACAGUGUGGUGCUUUGCAGUCCCUACCCGAGUUGAUGACACUUAAUAAUCUGCAAGAGUUGCUGGUUUCUGGAUGUGCAUCACUCAGAUAUUUAUUGUCAAGAGGUGGGCUACCAUCCACACUAAAACAACUUAAUAUUUUCUGGUGUGACAAUCUGGAGUCACUUUUUGCAGAAGAAGGGAUCAAAAUUGAUUGUCCAUCUCUUGAAACUAUUUGUGUUGAAUUUUGUGGGAGUCUCAAAUCUUUACCGGAAGCCAAUAAUCUCAGGAAUCUCAGAGAAUUGCUGAUAAAAAGGUGUAGUAAUCUGGAGCCCCUGUCACUUGGUGGUCGUGAUGAGAAUAACAACAUCAACCAACUCACUUCGCUUCAAAAGCUGUGUUUAUAUAUGCAGAGUAGGAAUGGUCUCCUACUUUGUCAAGAAAGGGAGUUUCCCCACCAACAUCACUUCACUUGAAAUCGGGGAUUUCGCCGGUCAACUUCCAGUUCCGCCUCCAUCUCCAUUAGAGUGGGGUUUGCACAAACUCUCUUCUCUUACAACACUCCAACUUCAAGGCCAAGCUUGGGUGUCCUUUCCAGAAGAAGGGAUGUUCCUGCCCACCUCUCUUAUCAAUUUGACCAUCAACGACUUCCCAAAUCUGGAAAGAUUCUCUUAUGAGGAGUUUCAAAACCUCGCCUCUCUCCAAACACUUCAAAUCUAUGGUUGCCCUAGGCUCGCUUCCUUUCCAAAGGAAGGGUUGCCUCCCUCUCUUUUGCAUCUAACGGUCUAUACCUGCCCUGAGCUUGCGACCUUUCCAAAGGAAGGGUUGCCUCCCUCUCUUUUGCAUCUAACGGUCUAUACCUGCCCUGAGCUUGCGACCUUUCCAGAACAAGGCUUCCCUCCCUCGCUUUUGUCACUGUGGAUCACGGGAUGUAAUCCAAUACUGAAACAGAAGUGUGAAAAGGGAAAGGAAUAUUGGCCCAUCAUCCAACACAUUCCCAGAGUAGAUAUAUAUUAAGUAGCCCACUGCAAGGUGUGAUGGAAAAAUUGCCCUAUUCAUUAUUACCGCCACUAGCAAUCUUUACACAUUUCUACAAGGGCUUUGUUGUUGUUGUUGAAACAAACUUUAGGAUGUACGCAUGCUCAUCAUCUAAACUGCAUUGCGAGUUUUUGCGCCUGUUCUCAAGGUAGCUUUUGAGGAUGCUAGAGACUGUGCACAAGAAUAUGGAGGUUUGUUAUGGGAAGACUAAAAAAAAAUAGUAGUACAGGCUGAAAUAUCCAUGCACAUCUGAGAAUUCCCUUGUCAUCAAAGGCAAUAGAUUCUGUGUGCAAUCUGCAAGAAAGGAUUUAAAAGGAUUUGAAUGUCUGGUCUGUGAUGAUUUGGAAAGUUAGAUGGAUUCCAUGUUGAUGCUAAAGUUUGCUCUCUUGUUGAUGAAAGCACUAGUGUCUGGAAUGGAAUGAAGCUCUCAUUAGAUAAUGUUUUUUUGUAUUUUGAAGCUGAGUUGAUAUGUAAAAUCGCUUUUUGCCCAA